AUGUGGCUUUACACGGGCUCGUCCAAACGCGCUGACAGAACCUCUUCCGCAUCUCCGACCACGAGUCGCCGCCAUCGAACGUCGUCAUCUACUACCAGUUCUACAACCACUACGCGGCCAACAUCGCCAGGCUCGACACUCGCCGAAGUGCUACGCAGAAACCCGUUCCGGGCGGGCUCCAAGGAGACAGUUUCACAGAUACCAGAAGAACAAGAUGCAUCAGUCUUGCUCAACAAGGAUUUAUUGGUCCUCGCCGAAUUCUUCCCGGAUGUGAAGGUCGAAGUCCUCCGCGAACUGCUACUCCGGUUCGACGGAGACAGCAGACUGCCAAUAUGUACGGAACAACUCUACAAGUACAAGUCAGAAUGGGCCAAAGGGCGGCUGAACGUGCCGCCGAGAGGCCAGGACGAACCGAUUCCUGCCCAUGAACUGUUUCGCACCAAACAAUAUGUGGACGCAGUGAAAUGGGCUGUUUCGCGGGAGUUUGCGGGCUUGAGCAGGAGUGCGGUCGAGGCAGUACUGGCGGAAGUGAAUUUCUCGUACACCGAUGCACGACCGAUCUUGCAGGGUCUGGCGAGUAAAUCAUGGAAAGUGACGUUUACGAGUAUAUUCAGGAGGAAAGGCGGACAGGAUUCGGUGCCCCCUUCACUACUGGAUAGGACAAGAGCCGACCCGCAGCAUCCAAAGUUGCUCGCAUCGGGGAGCGAAGAACUUGAUAAAGAACUGGCGGCGUUGUUUAAGCAACACGUUGUUCAGGGAAGGCCCAAAGGCCAUGAGACGGACGACUUGGAACUGGCGCAGGCACUCAACCAGCGCGAAGCCGAAGAAGCAGGGGCCCUUUUCGAGUGUCAGGUCUGCUACAACGAGGUCGCGUUCGAAGAUGCCGCUAUGUGCACACAGUCCGAACACACCAUUUGUCUAGAAUGCGUGCGGCGAACGGUCCAUGAAGCCAUCUUCGGGCAAGGCUGGGCGAAGUCGGUUGACGUCGAACACGGCACUCUGAAAUGUUUGGCUGCGGCGUCUGCUACAGAUACCUGUGACGGACGCAUCGCGCAGGACCUCGUGCGCAGGGCAGUCUUGCGCGAAAGAUCCGGGUCUGAGACGUGGACACGCUUCGAGGACAGACUGGCCGAACACAACCUCCAACAAUCGGGACUACCCCUGCUCCGGUGUCCGUUCUGCUCGUACGCCGAGGUCGAGCAAAUCUACGACCGCGACACGGCGGCUUCGGCGCGCACAUUGACCUGGCGCCUGCGCCGACCGAGCAACGUUGAUACAUUCACUUUCAUUCUUUUACUCGAGCUCCUGCCAGCUUUGCUUUUAUUAUUGAUCCCGCCCAUCAUCCUAUUCCCCAAUUACUUCGCCACCCUAUUCUACACUGCGUUGGCACACCUGGCUCUUUCGAAACGCACGACCCGCUUCGUCUGCAAACGACCAAGAUGUGGGCGCAAAUCAUGUCUCAAGUGCUUCAAGGCAUGGCACGACCCCCACGUCUGUCACGAGCCUCUCAUCGUGUCGUUGCGCACGACCGUCGAAGCCGCACGCACCGCGGCCGUCAAACGAACCUGUCCGCGCUGCGGAACCAGCUUCGUCAAAUCCUCGGGUUGCAACAAACUUACCUGCGUCUGCGGGUAUAGCAUGUGCUACCUGUGCCGAAAGAACAUUGGCAAAGCUGGCGGCGGUGGCGCGGGUGGAGCCGCUGGCGGAGGUUUCGAAGGUGAAGGAUACCGCCAUUUCUGCGAACAUUUCCGUCCGCUGCCGGGCAUGAAAUGUACCGAGUGCGACAAAUGCGACUUGUACCAGGCCGAGGAUGAAGACUUGCAAGUCCUGCGUGCUGGUGAGGAGGCCGAACGCCUGUGGCGCGAGCGCGAAGGCAUGGUUGGCGUUAAAGGUCUGGAAGACGCCGUGGGGAAUCUUGCUGGCGAAGAGAAUUCGCUUUGGAAGCGCGUCCGUGACGGUAGAUGGACUGUCCAGGGCGUCGUCGAUGCCGUGGUUGAGCGCUGUGUCGUAGUUACUAUUGAUUAG